AUGAUGCCAGGGUACUUUACAAUCGCUCCGAAUCAUGGCGACUUUCAACAAGCAUCGCCUGAACCGCAAGUAUCGGCAGGAUCGCCUGGAUCAACCAGCAGUUUGAAGGUAUCGUGGGAUACAGUCGCGGACCGGGCGGCUCCCAAGAUCCUCGGAUACGAGCUACAAUACGCCGUGGCCGGGCGUACUGGAGGCAGCGAUGACACCAUCGCAAGUUGGAAAUCUGCGGAGGGGAACACCCACGAUACCUGGGACAUCACCAUUCAAGUGGACGGAUUUGACAGGUCUAUUGGGAGGAAGCACAUGGUAGAAGACGGAUGGUUCACUCUUGCGUUAUCUCGGGCGUACCCCAAGCCUAGUUCACUGCCAGACCUGUGGUUGGAUACGGAGCCAAUCGGGUGGAACGAAACCUGGGUGGACAUGGAGGCCAAAGUUCAAAAGACCCUCAGAGAAUCUAGGCACCCCCAGUACUCCUCUUGGACGGCUGCCGUGGUGAGAUGCGACGAGACUGAAGAGCGGGGCGGCAAACAUUGGGCGGGAGGGUGUCGUUUCCUCGAGUACGGGGGCUUCACUUGGCACCUCCGGCUGUCCCCCCCACCCGGAGAUGCUUCAGCUACGCGUGAGGAUUUCCCGGUGGUGACAGUGACGAAAGAAACAAUCACGGCGAAAUGGAGUGGAGAUGGCGAUCAGGUUGUAUCUGAACGCUUCGGCGAUCAUUCUCAAUCUGGAGGAGAAGACAGUGCGCACGAAGAGGAUUUGGGACGAACAAACCUCAUCGAUCCUUUCUUUUGCCAAAGAGGAAGCUGCGAACGCAUGUUGGAGGGUCUAGCGGCGGCGACACCGUACCUCGUGAGGCUGAGGGCCUACAACCGGAAUGGCUUCGGUCCCUGGAUGUCAUCUACCACUGAUAUGUCUGUGGGAACGACGGGAGGAGGAGCUGCCGGGAUCAGCACAAAUACCGUACCGGUGACCCCAGCUCCCAAAGCUCCGAAGCUUUCAUCUUCAACCCCAACCAGCCUCACCGUGUUUGUGGACACGGCAAGCACGACCGGAGCGGCGGAGAUCGAGGCCUACGAGUUCGAAGUCCAGCGGCACGAGGAUGACGGCUACAGCGGGGACACCACGCGGUGGAUUCCGGUCUCAACACACGCCGACGACAACAGCGAUGCCGCAGUGCCGCUGACAACAGCAACGGAGCUGUCGCCGUCCAGCAGCUACCGCUUCAGGUACGAUGGCGGUCAAGUGGUCGUCAUGGGCACAGGCAGGGGGAGCCAGGAGGAGUGGCGAGCAACCGCGGAAGGGCUCGAGGCCUACUCCCAGCACCGAUUCCGGGUGCGAGCCGUCAACGCGGUCGGUGCCGGCGAGUGGUCCGCAGCUAGCGAUUGGGCCAGGACCAAAGGGGACCCCUCGACUACUGCCGGCGUCGACGGCUUCGAGGCGGAGGCGGUCGAUUCAGAUAUUCCGGCUUCUGUGCUGCUCUCGGUGAGCGGAGAAGGGCAAACCCCAGGCCACGCCAAAGAUUUCGACUAUUACCACGGCAUAGGGGUCGGCGGGAAGGUCUCCCUCGACGGCCAAGGGGGAGACGGGGGUCCGGGAGCGGCCGUCAUCGUGUCGAGGAUUCCGGGUGUCCCUUUACCGUCGCGGUCUUCGUUUUUCUUCACUGUGCUGGGAGGGGGUGGAGGAUUCUUGCAGGCUGAAGUGAAGGUGUCUCCGGGGGAGAUGCUUGAGGUCUUGGUCGGGGGUGGAGGUGGGGGAGCGCCCGGGGAAGCAGGAGGAGCAGGGGGCUUCAACGGGGGACAGCCAGGGGGUAGUGGGGGGAGCGGAGCCGCGGGGGGUGGGGGGUCAACCUCCGUGCUGCGAAGGGACGGGAAACGCCUAGUUGCAGCAGCCGGAGGCGGUGGCGGCGCGGGAAAUGCCGAAAACUGCUGCUCCGAGGGCGGCGCCGGCGGCGGGGUCAGGGGUACCGACGGAGGCAGCCCGGCCCUCGAUCAGAUGGUGGUCAACACGGGAGGGGGAGGGGAAUGCCAGAACGGAUGGUGUUCAGCAUCCGAGGCGGAUGCAGUGUCGUAUGAAGGCAUUGAGAAUUGGGUCACAACUGGGGGAAGCGGCGGAAGCACCGUCCAGGGAGGGCUCGGAGGCAAAUCGGACGUCUUCGACUGGGUGGACGGAGGUGGUGGGCGUCAAGGAGCAGUUUCAUCCCCUCGUAGCGGGGAGAGUUCAAUGCCAAUCGUCUUCAGGGGAACCGGCUCCCGCCCAGCCACGCCUGGCCGCUCCUUAACCGGGGGCAUAGGGGCAAACGGUGCGAGAGGGGGCGGAGGCGGCGGGGGCGGUUUCUACGGUGGCGGAGGGGGCGGAUCCGGACAGCAGGGGGCGGGGGGCGGGGGUGGAUCUUCUCACGCUGACACCGGUGCGCUGGCCUUGGACCACAGGACCAACGAGUGGGGGUCGGGGGGAGAGGACGGCGUGAGGGUCGUGGAGGUUGGGGAGAGUUGGGUCGAGGUGGAAUGGCGGGCGGUGGUGGGCGCCGUCGCUGGAGAGCAGCCAAUGUUUUACGAGAUUGGGGACAGGAACUCCAUCAGCCGUGGUCCGCUUCUCAACGAGUGCACUCCCCGUCAACGAAUGGGAAUGGAUCAUCCCACGCCCCUCUUGGCCGGAGCGACAUGGGCGCGGACUCACGGGUCCCGAACUCGGGAGGACUGGUUCAUGGGACACGGAUCUGGCGUCUAUGGAGGCAGAGGGGGGCGGAUUAUCGAAUCCCCCGACAGAGAUGAGGCAGGAGCUUCCCUCGCCAAGAUCGGGUCACACGAUGGUGGUCAUCGCCGGAAAGUGGGUUCUACCGCCCUUGGAGAUACCGCGGGAGGGGCAAACACCGACGAUUGCAUGGGGGGCGACUCUUUCAGCGCCGAGCUGUGGGAAUUCAACCCGUCAACAAGCGUGUGGACGGAAGUCCUGGUCAAUGUCGACGGAAAUGCCCCCCCGGCGCGUGACGGACAUACCGCUAGCGUAGUCGGCUCGAAAAUGGUUGUCUUCGGUGGUAGAGGAAAUGGAUCCGACUCCGAUGCUCAAGCCGGGAGGGGGUCGAACACCGCCUUGCUUGAAGACGAGUGGGCAAUCGAUCUCGACCUAAGCCAGCUCAUCACCAUCUCCACCAACUUUUCCACGAACAUCCGUGAGGGCGGCCAGAUCUUCAUCCCUCUCGUCGUGGAGCAGACAGAAGCGCAGCGGGCCGAAGCAGACGUGGACAUGUGCGUCACUGACUUGUCAGUUGCCGUAGAGAUCGAUCACGACUGCAUCCAACAGCUUCAGCUGACGCUCUACGGCCCCGGACCACCCCCGGGAGACACGAGCCCGCUUGGAGACGUGUCGAGAGCUGAGCCGGCCGUGCUAGUCCUUGGCGGUGGCAUCUCAGACUGUGCGUCCGACGUCGACCUGUUUGGGGAUGGAAACGACGGCGCGGCUGGCGACGCUUCCUAUGGAGGGUGCGUGGAUGGAAUGGACGUGUCCUUCGAAGAUUCUGCGGAGAGCGGCGUGUGGGAGGGCUGCAACAACAGGAGCCCGCUCAGGGGGACAUUCAAGGCCGCAGAUCGGUUGUUGGUUGGUCGGUUCCUCCGCAUGCCGGCCGAAGGGGAAUGGACUCUUGGCGUGCUUGACAACGCGGUCGACGGAAGCAACGGGACCGUGACCCGCUGGUCUCUCGACGUCGAGAUUCGCCCGUGCGAUUGGCGAUCGGCACUCCGGUGGAUCAACGUUUCCGGCGAUGCGAGGCCUCCCGCACGGGCAAGGCACACAGCGGCCGUCGUCGACGGAGGCCGUUUCGUCUCGGGAGGCACGGGGAGUUUCGGGGCGCUGUCGGACCUCUGGCGACGCGGAGAGGCCUCUUCAGAGUGGAUGAUCCUCGCUGAAGGCCCCGGUGUUCCCUUGGCAUCCACUGGCCCUUACAACCCUCACGGGGCGAGCAUCAUGGUGUCUCCCUGGGGGAUGCUUUCGAUCGGGGGCAUGCUGCCGGGACGUGGGGUGGAGUCAGCGACGGGCGUGUGGGUUUUGGACCCCGUGUCCAAACGUUGGCACUCCGUUGAUGGCGAUGGCGGGGUCGACGCGUCGUCGCCGGUGGGCAGGCAAGACGACAAUCCGCCUUUUCUUUUCUGUUGA